AUGCAUAGCUCCAUAUCCCUCCUCUUGGUAGCUGGUCUACUAGCUCUCCUCCCAUCAGUCAGACCGGCAACUGUCAGCUACACAUUCAACAUUGGCUACUCGGCUGCAAGUCCCGAUGGAGUCAACAGAACAAUCAUCACGGUCAACAAUACAUGGCCUGCACCUGACAUACUCUUAAACAAGGGUGAUCGAUUGAUUGUCAAGGCUUACAAUGGAUUGGAUAUGGCUACCUCCCUGCACUGGCACGGCAUACAUCAAAAGGGAAGCCAGGUCAUGGAUGGGGUCUUCCAAACUACACAGUGUCCCAUCGCUCCUGGUCAAUCAUAUACCUACAACUUUACUCUGGAGCAAUCAGGAACAUAUUGGUGGCACGCCCAUCUUCGAGCUGAAUACGUCGAUGGAUUACGAGGUGCUUUGAUUGUUAAGGACCCUACCGAUCCAAACUUGGCAUUGUAUGAUGACGAUACCAUUGUACUAAAGCUCUCAGAUUGGUAUCAUAAUCAGUCUGAAGCCUUGUUGACCGACUUUUUGUCAUCAAACAAUCCUGGAGGUGUAGAACCAGUCCCUGACUCGGGCCUCAUCAACAACCUUGGCGUGUAUGCUUGCACUUCACCUCUUUACGGCCUGCCUUGUGCUGAAGGAAGUCGAUACGCAACACCUGCACUAGUUCCUGGUCGCAGAUAUCGAAUUCGAAUCGUCAACACUGCCGCUAUUGCUACAUUCAACUUUUCGAUCGAUAGUCACACUAUGACAGUUAUUGAAGCUGAUGGAGUUCCGGUGACUCCGACAGUUGUGGAUCAAUUGGAGGUUACUGUUGCUCAACGAUACUCGAUCAUCCUCACUGCUGCUCAACCAGCCACUAAUUACUGGAUACGAGCAACCAUGGUCAAUGCCAUGUUUGAACUCAAUGAGUUCUUAGAUGUCUUUAUUGGUGCUGUCUUACGGUAUCAAGGAGCUCCUCUUGUAGAGCCUUCUUCUUCACUGCAAGAAGACAAUCGAACAUAUACCAAUGUAUUGAACGACUUUAUGCUGGUGCCAAGCACGCCUCAAACUGCUCCUGCCACAGUUGUUAGUAGCACGACGUUUGGAUUCAGUUUCAUGACGACCUACGAUGGUGAUAAUCGAGCAUUCGUGACUUUAAAUGAUGGCAACCAGCUAUCAUACAUGUUCCCUCACACGCCGACGCUACAAACUCUAGCGGCAGGUCUACCACCACUAUAUACCACCAAUCCGAUAAACCUGACUGCAAACACAGGUUCCGAAAUCAUAAUCAAUAAUCUAGAUGGAGAAGACCAUCCCUUCCAUCUUCACGGACAUUGGUUUUGGAUUGUAGCUGAAGGUCCUGGCACCAUGACAUCUGGUAACUUUACUCCCAUGACGAAUAACCCACCAUUGAGAGAUACACUGAUGGUCCGUGGUAGUGGAUGGAGUGCUAUCAGAUUUAUCGCUGACAAUCCAGGAGCAUGGAUGUUCCAUUGUCACAUAGAAUGGCAUCUUAUGGCUGGUUUAGCCGCUACAGUCAUUGAACCAUACCCAAAUAAUGCAUCUUGGGCCUCGACUCUUAGUCUACCAGCAGAGUUCGUGCAAUUAUGUGCUUCAGCUAGUGGAUACGUACCAACUGGAUUAGAGCCAAUGAAAUAUCCGAUAAUUAUACCCGAUACAUCCCAAGGAUAUGCUGGUCUACCUGGCUCAACACCAUUGCUAUGGGAUGUCAGUGGAUGUUGUAAUGAAAACAGCAAUGGAUUCUUCCAAGUCUUGUCCUCCUUGACUGGAUGGAGAGCUCGCCCAACUGCAUUAACUACUGGUGUAUACUUUGGAUAUUGGGUGAUUGUAGCUCUCGCCUUCUUGUUUAAACGACUCAAGCACCAGUAUAAACGUGCCCGUAAACAGCACUCUAUGCGUCCACAUGAUGAAGACAGUGAAUCAGCUGAUGAACGAGUACCGAUAAUAUCUGAUGGAGCCAAAUCACCUAUUACACCCACAUCUCUUCAGGGCUCUCCGGGAUUCUUUUCUACCGAUGACUCUCAAGCUACUAUGAAGGCUGACCAUGAGCAAAGUGUAUCAGUUGCACCGAACUCACCAAGGAUUAGUACGAGAUCUAGUUGGCCAGCUGGACAUAUACAGGUAGACACUAGUGCCAAACCUCAAUGA